AUGAAGCGAUCGCUGUUGCAACGGCUCCUAGCCAUUUCUUGCCUGGCAAUCGCCUCUGCACCUCUCCCGGCCAGCCGGCGCCGUGGCCCGCCGCCCUGCCGGUUUGCCCUGGAUUGGACGCAGGAGCAGAUCCUGGUCGAUCCACGUAGCUUCGCCUGGGAUCUCUUGUUCUGGGAGGGCAAGUUCCAUCAGGAUGAGGUUGCGUACAACGCUGCAAAUGGCAUGACCUAUGAUGGCACGCAGCUGGACUGGACCACCGGAGAUCACACCAAGAAGCACCCAUUCAGCGCAGCAAGCAAGGAGAUGAUGCUCUACGCCCGUGUCAUUGCUGGCUCGCGAGAGGCGGCGCGGUUUCUCGCUCCCGAUGACCCUCCACGUGCGGCCCAGCUUGCGGCCUCGAUUAUGGCGACGAAGCUUCAGACGUAUCUUCGAUUCAACCAAUCCUAUCCCGGGUUCGGUGGGUUUCUGCCGUGGGUGACGACCAGCAGCGCAGAGGUGCAACCUACUUGGGACUGGGUCAAUCGCGUCCCGGCCUUGGACAACGGGGAACUGUUGUGGGCCGUAUAUGCUUGCAUCUCUUCCCUGGAGAGAAGCCGCGAGCCAAGCUUUCGCGAGCUUGCGAGAGACUGGCAGAAGUGGUUCGACCAUGCCAAGACCACCGCCGUCCGCGUCUUCUAUUCCGGCUCCGGGCGGGUCUGCGCGGUGACCAAGAUCAAGGACCAGCAGCUGCCUGUAUCGGACCCCGGCCAGCGCUACGAGUGCGAGGGCAGUGACUACUACCUCGACGAUCCAUAUGAGGGAGAGCUCUUCACCCACUUCCUGCACCUCUUCACUGACUUGUCUCGAGAGGAUAAGGAGCACCUCUGGAAAGUGAAGCGAAAGAAGCUGGUGAGUGUAGAGUACAGUGCGGGUGGCGUUGGCCCCAUAACCGUCGAGCAAGGACACUGGUUCUCAAGCCACGAGCUGUGGAAAGUUCUGGAGCUGCCGUAUUACGACGUAGAUAUUGUCCGGCGUCUCUAUCAUAAUGCAGAGCGAGCGAGAACCUGCAACUCGGUCUUGACCCGGGUCCCCGGACUGUUUGCUUCGGUAAACAACUCGACUGAUCCAGAGUCGGACACCAUAAUGGGGUACAUUUCCCCGGCCGGCAUCCCUUCCAUUGCCAGCCAGAAGAGCCAAUACCGCGAGGUCGUCACCCCGUACGGUGCCUGGCCGACCAUCACGUUCGACAGGGCCGUCGGACUCGCGUGGUGGCACAACAUGGUGGCGGCAAAGAAGAUGCAGAACCCGUACGGAAGCACAGAGUCGACAAGGCUUGACGGAGAGCUGGUCUCGGCCCUAGUCACUUGGGACAGUAAAGUCACCACCGUCGUGGCCUUGCUGGGCGGGGUUGGCGAUCUCGUCCGCGGCAAGUUGAAGGUGGACGGGGCCUAUGAGGAGUUUAUUUCCGUCACACAAAGAGAGUAUUCACGAGUCUUCAAGCAGCUCAAGGGUGAAGACAUUGCGCUUUGUCUACCGCGAGAUGCGCUACCUGCCGGUAGCCUUGAAGAUUUCACGCAAUGCCGCGCUUAG